AGCAUCCCUGGCUGCAAUCGACAGGGGAUCGGUACCCGGCUUUGCACCACAGGGCUAGCGCGACCAUUGUUUUGCAUCCCGGCAGGCUUUGCACGCAGUCUGGGUGUGCUAUUCAGCCGCCGUUUCGGCACUCAUUGUCGUGGAGCGCUACCAGGGCAGUGAUCAUUCUCCGUGCUGUGGCGGACAAGAAACGCAGUGUGAUAGUGUCGGCCAGCCGCGCGGCGAAGAUGUGAUCGCGUACGCUCCAACUGUUGCCAAUUGUCUUUCAUCGGCUCUCUCGAUCGAAGCUGGCCGCACCCGAAGUCAUGAUGCGGCGAGACCGACCUCUUUCGCUGAUCGGAGCAGCGGCGUGCGUCUUGCUCGAGAUGCUUCGCUCGGUGGCUGCUAUGGGGGACGGCAGCGUCGGCAGCCUGAGCGCCACCCUCGUGGGACCUGACACGGCCGUGCUGUCUUGGAUGCAGCCGACGAAAGGCGCCGACGGCUACGAGCUGCGUGUGAUGCGCGGCUCGGCGCUUGUCUUCGCGCAGCGGUUCAGGCUUGAUGCGGCGGAGAAGCUUGAGCCCGUACUAUACUACCGGCUCACUGGCUUGCGGCCGGCCACCACGUACAAUGUCUCACUGGUCCCCACACUGGCAGGACAGCAGGGUCCAAUCACCAGCGUUGUGUUCACCACUGCUCCGCUAGUGAGCCCCACGACUCCCGCGACAGCAAGUACUCCCCAAAGCGUUCUCAAUGGGCCCACGAGCAUCCAAGCGCUUCCGUUGUCGAGCACGUCGGUGCUGAUCUCGUGGGGUCCUUUGGCGCCGUACGUGGUCGGAGGCCAGUACCGUGUGCGCGUGCGGGAUGCUGGCACCUCGCAGCGCUUCCUGGACGUUGGCUACGUGCUCUCGGCCAUCGUUCAGGAUCUGGACCCCACGGAGAACUACACGCUCUCUGUGCAGUGGUGCCCCUCGCAGAACGUCUGCAGCCCUUUCGUGUCGACCACGCGGGUUGCUAACGCACCAAAGCUUCCAGUGCCGUCUAACCUCACUGUGGUGGAUGUCGGGCCGAUGUCCAUCAACGUCACCUGGCAGCUUCCGGGGAAUAGCACCAACAUUACUGGCUACCAGGUGUCUUGGUGCAUCAGCGACUUGUGCAUCGGCAAGCUGAACGACCUUACGACCAAAACUUUCUAUUCGGUUCAGCGGCUACAAGACUUCAAGAACUACACCGUGUUCGUCUGCGCCUACUUGGACCGCGGCCUGACCACGUUCGUUGGCCAAUGCAUCAACGUUAGCGCCAAGACGGAGCCCGGGGCUCCCAUCGGCGGUGUGGCGAUACCACUGAGCCAGUCAUCGAUCCUCCUCCUCUGGGCGGCCAAGCCGGGAUGCCCUUCGAUAUCGGAGUACCAACUGAGGGUCGCCAGUCCGACGCCCACCGUUAACUGGGCCUCCACAGAACUGACUCAGUACACCUUCGCGAACUUGGUGACGAAGACGAAGUACACCUUCCAACUUCGGUGGUGUCCCCUCCCGGGAACGUGCAGCGAAGCCGUGAACAUAACUGGAAGCACUGUUUGAAGCCUUCCGGGGCAAGAACCCGUUGCGUAAGGAAAGGUCUGAACAUCCUUGUACGUUGGAAUGACGAUGGUGCUCGAGAACUAUGCGCGAUGGAACUUCAAUGUGGCACAUCGUGCAGGCGAACGGUAUACUCCGAAGUCUAAAUGCGCUCAUCUAUUUGCCAACAGGGCAAGUAAUAUGCACCGCAUUGAGUAUUCUUUAGGUCACACUGCCUAUAAACUGUUAUACGUGUUCACCUUCGCCCUAGUCACCAUAGCUUGUGAAUUCAUUGCGCACGUGUUCUUCUAGCCAGAUGUCUCGUUAUACUUCUAUUGCGAAGAACAAAGCAGGGAAAAUUGGUUCUCGCCACACAAGCUGAGCGUAAACUCGUUCUUUGACAGCAGGGUGGGCUGGUUUUUAAGCGGGCAUUGAUGUUAUGUACUAAAUGCGAUAGCAUUCAUGGGGCUUCUAUGAUUGGAAAAGUCAGGCGUAUAAAAAAGACAGGCACAAGAGGAACGAAACAGUGCCAGAGUGUUCUAUGCCUAACUUUUCAGACCCUAUUUGACCUUGCCAAUUCGCACAUCUUUAUGUGGUUCUAAAUGGAGCUUCUAGUCUCUAAGCCUACUUUUACAUCCAUCUGUAAUGGUGUGGUGUGUCUGUGAUUAAUUAGCGAGCUCUGUAACAUGUAAAAAAUUAAUCAGAUUCAUUUCAUAGUAAGAACAUGGAGUGCCCGACAAUGCGAAGCUUUAGUUUGGUGCCGCUCUUAAAAAUAUUCAGCGACUCUUCAAUGUUAAAUAUAGUAAAUACCGACGUUGUGCGAAAAAUAAAUACGAUACGGAUAGAUGAGUACAACUAUCGUGAUUAAAAGCGCGCUUCUCAUAUUCAAAAGCGUGACGAAGGAGAGUGAUAAACGGCUUACGUGGGCGUCGAGUGCAGUGCAUGUGCUGCGCACGUGCAGCCUGCUGUAUACAAGCGCGUCGCUUCAAAGGCCACUUUUUAUACACCCUAGGUCUUCUGUAAGCUUGGCGCUGUCUCGAAGCACCCAGUAUUUCUAUUCUUUAGCCGUAUCUCACUUGCCACCUCAGUGAAGAAAUGGAUGACAAACGGUGAUGACUCCCAUGAGAGACCGCGCCCGUUGUAUGAAUAAAGAGUUUCAUCUUGGCCUCUCUUUCAUAGCCCAGCCGCGAAACAGCGAUAAUUACAAGCGAGUAAUAUGGAGCCACUCGCGCUUGCAUGGAUAUAUAGUGGUGUAAUGGAAAUGGAAAAGGUAAAUUGUAGAAGUCCCUUUCGAAAACGUAUGCAGCAUGAGCACCAGAAUGAGUGAGACCAGCACCACUGAGAUAACGCUUGACAUGUGCUGCGCUGUCUCGUAACUGUUACGUCAUACAAAUGCACAGAAGUUUCUGUUGCGAACCUAACACUCAAUAUGACGAAAACACAAUAAUCUCCCCUGCGCACUUGUCUAUCUAUAUAUAACAUAUAUAUUUGUCGUCGUCGUUUUUUUUUUCGUACUUGCAGAGCGGUUUUACAUUUCAUCGCGGACACACCAUGCACGGGAAAUUACAGGCAAGAAAUAACUCAAUAAUAAAAUAACAUUCUUGCGUUUAUAGUGUACACUUUUUCUGCGAGUUUAUUUUGUUCCAUUUUUCUGCAGGACAUGCGUUCCCAGAUAUUAAUUCAAAAUUUUUCACCCGACACUGACUGCUGUAAAUGAGGUCACAAAAUAUGACUUUCUGUCCCACCAGAUGGUAAACAUGCUUCCUGCCCUUCUGUUACGAGUGUUGGUAGAAACAUCUCCCUUCCACAAACGUGACUGUCUUCCCAUAACCCGCCACAGUAUCUUGUUUAUAGGCGACGUCGGAUUUGGCCAUUUAGGCUGCCGGACAAUGUGGCUGCAUGCAAGAUGACGGCGGCGAAAUUCAAUUGCAGAUGAAAAAUCGCAGAUGGACCGAUGCUUUCGCAAAUCGCAGCGGUGCAGGUACGAUACAGCAUUCAGCACGUGAAACCCAACCUUCCGCCGGGGCUUUAUUGCCUGCAGCGCGAACAAUGUAGUGGGGGUGGUGGAGGUGAUUUUAGUUUCCUUCGCCCUAUAGCAACCGUGAAGUUGAGGAUGAGGAGGCGUUCUGACGACGACACAUUAGCGUCGAUGACUACAACGGUCGUCUUGGAAUGACAUGAAGUGUAGAGCAGCAAAAACAAGGACAGAAGAAACGACACAGACACGCAAGCGCUGGCUUUGCAGCUUUGGCGUUCUUGCUUCGCUACACUUGAUGUCAUUCCAUGACGAUCAACGAACAAGCGCACAUCGCCGCCCUCGUUGACAACGGUCAUCGUCAGCGUAACGGAAUGAACGGACGGAUGAAGCGAGCUUAAUUUCGAGCUUUAAGAGCAACCUUUAGCUCAGCUGCUAAUCUAAGUACUUGGGAACGGUGAAGUCGUUUUUCCCGGCAACCACUGCACCAAUUUUUAUGAGACCUGUUGAACUUAAAGUGAUAAAUUAAAAUGUAAUAACUGUAGUAAGCAAUUUUUUUAAUUUUCCACCAAUUUUUUAGUAAUAUUCUCGAAAAUUUCGAAAUAUAAAGAAAGUCAAGUAUUCGGUUUACAGCUCUGUAACUCGACGAUAAAAAACGAUAUCGCAAUUAUUUAACCUACACCUCAUAAUACAUUUAAAGCGGACAAAAUUUAAAUACUAUAUAUACCACUCGCAAAUUAGCCACUAAUUUGUGAGUAGGACAAUUGAGAAAGCCUCGUAAGCCCUGUAACAAUGUAACGUAAGCUGUAAAUUAAUAUAUUACAUUUGUCUUCUUUAGGUUCUCUAACACACGAAAUUUCCCGAACUGCAAUAUCUGUUUUGGGCACUGAGUUACAGAUUUGUAAAUUUCGGGCUGCAAUUUUUUAGACUUUCCGGUUUUUGGGAAUUUUCGUAAAAAAUUCCUAGACCUAAAUGAAAAUUAUGCUUUAGAGAGUCAUUAGAAUUUAGGUUUUGUAACGAUGAGAAGACAAACUGCAGGGUCAUAUAUAGGGGGUCGCUUCGAUGAAUGGUAUUGGCGUGACUGUGUAACUUGUCGUCGAUAUGUAUGCCCCCACUGCACCGUGGCCAGGGGAAAUAACGGUGUUUGGGUGGAUUUGAUUCGAUUUGAUUUAUUUGCCACGAAAGGCGUAUUUGCUCCAGCCCACUGCGCCUUACCUGUUGGUCUCAGUGUCCUCGUGAUGCCUUUGAAAGUCACCCGCAAUAAAUUUGAGCUAGCGCUGUACUUCCACUUAACUGCACCGGGUGAGGUAAAAACGUGGAGCCGACAAAGGUUAUUUAGAAUAAGCAUUCGUUGCAGCCCGGCAGUAUCCGCCAAGCCAUGUUAUAACGUUCGCCACAUUAUACAAAAGUGAAGCCCAACACUGCAUUUUGAGAGACGAUAAUUUCGCCUUUUGUGAUCCUAUAUAGCUGUGCUACAGCAUUAGUAUGUGCCUCGGUAUUGAAACGGUUCGGCGGUGAGCGACUAUCGACGACUGCAGGAUACAUGCUUGCACAAUUUGCAUCGGCAGGAGCCAUACCUCCCUAUGCCGUCUUUGAUAGAACGACUGCUACGGGUGGAAAUUUAAGCUGAUUAAGAUGUAAAAUUUAAUGAUACACCGAAGGAACAGAGAAGAAAAUAAGAAUAAAAAAAGAAAUGAAUCCCCUGCUCUCACUGAAAAAGAAAAAUAACUAGCUACCAUAAUAAUAGCUUCCUCGAAGGCUCACCGGGCCUGCGAAAUCCCAAAGGGACCGAGACAACGAGAAGAAACCGGACAGGUUGGUACAGAUUCAUGCUCACACUAACAGCGUGGUGAAUACGAGAAUGAAGGCUAGCGACACAGCACGGGCGCUAAACUACCAAGUACAGAUAUAUCCCGGAAACGGGUUUAUCAUGCUGGGUGUUUCCGCGAACCUGUGCCAUGCCUUAAAAAAAGCUAAAGAAGAAAAGACAGAUCUGCACUAGGUGAAUGCAACCAACUGCAGUGUUGUUCACUCCUCUUGAGAAACUCAAGAUAUGUUUAAGUAUGGGCUUAAGUCAUUAAUCCGAAACACGUGGCGAUUAGCUCGAAGAGCUAGUUUGCGUUGGCGACGAUGGGAAUCUAUGCGCAGCUGUGGCCUAAUGGCAAGAAAGUAGAAUAAAACGAUCGGUAGACAGUCAGCCUUCUAUGAUGAGGGACCGAGGUUCGAUCACGCUAUCGAGCACGUAAUUCAUUUUUGUUUAAAGUGUGAGCGAUUCGGCAGGAUAGCAGCACCACCCAGCAGCAACGUUCAAGAAAGUCGGAGAACACGGCUGUCAAAUUAUAGCCCUUCGUAGGCAAAAUUAAACAAUUUCAAGUGAACUGUCGAAUGGAGUCGCGAGCUUCAGCAUGAUCCACAACAGCUGUGCCUUUUGCAAGGACAUAUAUGAGCCCACAAUAAAUAAUUUGGACGUGACGACGGCGCAGAACACUUACAAGAAAGUGGUUUGGGCACCUGCAGUGCGCGCUUACAAGUCUUCAGGGUUAAUAAAGGUCCGCACACCAGUUGCCGAACUUAUUCUCCUUCGACCUACGAAAAUUAUUUAUGUUAUGUGUUUGUCGGGAUAUCAUUUGCGACAUAUCAUAUGCGGCUGGGCAAGUACCGACACAACCGGACGCAUCUACACCAGUUGACCACGGGCGUCCGCAGGACUUACUAUCUCUAGUCAUCAAGCCGUAAUCUGUCGCAGCUGUUCCACCUCCUAUCACGGCGACAUCUCAUGUAGAAUUGCCACUAACUCCAAAGCAUUCGCCGCCGACGCCUGAAUCAACAGAUCCAUAUAUAUAUAUAUAUAUAUAUAUAUAUAUAUAUAUAUAUAUAUAUAUAUAUAUUGAAGGCUUCGCUUGAACAGAAAGGAGUUCCAGAUGACUGGCGCAUGGCAAUAGUUGUGCCGACCCACAAAUCUGGAGACCGACAAAAAGUCGAGAACUACCGUACAAUUUCUUUGCCUUGCGUUUGCUCUAAGCUUUUAGAACACAUUAUAUCCAAAUCUAUGUAUACAUAUCUUGAGGACACAAAACACUCCUUCCCAAUCAGCACGGCUUUAGACGAAAUCUCUCUACAACAACCCAACUUCUGAAAACUAUCGACGACUUUACACGUGCUUUAAAUAAUUGCAAUAUGCCUGGGUUUUUCAAAAGCGUUCGACAAGGUUCCUCACCCUCAAUUAAUACAAAAAUUAAUGUAUCUUGGCAUAAACUAUAGCAUUGUACAAUGGAUAAGCGCGUACCUGACAGGACGAACACAAUAUGUGGAAGUAAAUGGUUACAAAUCUGAUCAAUUACAAGUUACUUCAGGAGUCCCGCAAGGCUCUGUCAUAGGCCCAAUAUUAUUUUUAAUCUAUAUAAAUGAUAGUACAAGUAACAUUUAUAUAAGCACAACGGUGCGACUUUAUUGCAGAUGACUGGUUAAUUUAUAAAGUUAUAAACAACGCAAACGACCAGAAACCACUUAAUGACUGCCUUGUAGUCGUCGUGAUUGGUGCUGCUACUUCGAAAAUGGAGAUAAAUCAAACCAAAACUGUUGCUCGGCGUAUGACAAGUAAGAGUAAAGACGUGCUCAUUUGCAAUUAUGCUAUAGGCUCUACCCCUCUCUCUGCAGUUGACGCAAUAAAAUACUUAGGUGUAACCAUAUCAAGCAAUUUGAAAUGUUGAAAACAUUUGCUCAGCAGCGGAAAAAAAGCUGUGGUACCUACGAUGGAAACUGAAGCUUGCUACCACCCCGGUUAAACUAACAGCGCAUCUAACGUAUGUAUGGCCAAACUUUGGAAUAUGCAAACAUUAUAUGGGACCACUCCGAAAUUGGGCUGAUCAAAAUGUUAGAGUGCAGAGGAGGGCCACUAGAUUCAUUCUUUCAAAAUACUCCUCGACAGAGUCAGUAACAGAAAUGUUACGUCCAUUAGAACUUCCCACGUUAGCAGAACGUCGACAACUGGCUGGGCUAAAAUUCUUCUACUUGUUGUCAAAAAAUAAACUAAACAUAGAUAUAACACAAUACUUAACUCAGCACCGAGGCAGAAUUCUUACAGGAAUAAAUGGACAUAGGUAUGAAGUACCUCCACAGCGUAUCAAUGUAUAUGCAAAUUGAUUUUGUUCAAAAACAACUCGACAGUGGAAUUCAUUGCCAUUAUCACUGCUCCAAUGUAUCUCUGUAGAAAAUUUUGAGAAAGUGCUCAAUGAAUCUUUUUCGCCUUCUGGUUUACAAAGCUGAUAUUAUUUUACCAUGUUCAUGUUGUGCUAACUAAAAAUUGAUGCACUGACUGUAAUACAAGUUGAUGUACUCAUUGCUUUACAACGCUGAUAUUAUUUUUCCAUGUUCAUGUUGUGUUAACGAAAAAUUGAUGUACUAAUUGCGUUACUGUAGCAUUUGAAUUGCUGUUGAAUUGUGAAAAAUGUACGUACUAAUUGCACUGAUGUACCAUCGAAUUACCUGUACUUGUAAAUAGCAGUUUAAUUGCGUACUUCUUAUAAUGCUGCACGAGUGAUUUGUAUUAAUAUUAUUACUGUAACCCACCCCUGUAACGGCUUGAGGGCCAACAGUAUACUGA